GUCAGUUGUUCACUUCAAAAGAGACGGAGUAAAGAUGGACUCUUGAGAAAUUUUUAUAUGAAGCAGUCGUUAAAAUCUGGGUUUUCACCGUUAAAUUAAUCGGAAAUAAUUACCAAGGAAUUUUUAUGCGCGAACCCGCGGUGUGAACGAUGAUCGUGCAGGAGCCAGUCCAGGCAGCCAUAUGGCAUUGUUUAAAUCACUAUGCUUAUCCAGAUGCAAUUUUCUUAGCUGAAAGAUUAUUUGCCGAAGUGGAUACAGAGGAUACCUUAUUUCUUCUUGCAACGUGUUACUAUCGUUCUGGACGUAUCAGGCAAGCUCAUGCAUUACUUUCCAAAAAGGCACCUAGCUCCUCUCAAUGUAGAUUUCUCUUGGCCAAGUGUUGCUACGAUCUUGAAAAAUACGCAGAAGCGGAAGCUGCUAUAAUAGGUGGAUAUUAUAAGCAGUUAAAAAGUCUAGAUGAAAUAGUGACACAAUUUGGUGAUCAGGCCUGUUUCUCGCUCCAAAUAAUAGCAAAGAUAUAUUAUAAAAUGAUGAGAACGGCGAAAGGUAGCGAGGCACACAAGUUGGCCCUAAAAAUGAAUCCAUUUCUUUGGCAUUCCUUCGAGGAACUGUGUAAUGUCGGAGAAAAGGUAGAUCCCGUGAAGACCUUUCAUCUCGAGAAAUUGGAUAGCUUUGCCAUGUGUCAUGGUACAACACCAAUUUUAAAUUAUGUUGCCGAGCCAGAUAUUAUUGGACCAACUAACAAUAACACUGCCACCCCAAAUGGCAAUAACGUCAAUACACCUGGCCAGCCAACAAUACAAAAUGGUGGAAUACCUCCUGGUAGCCGAUUACAUCCAUCAAUAGAUGAAAGUCCUCUAGCACAGCCGACACACUACAAUUGUUCAUCAGUAUCGCCACGAGGAAAACCACCACGUUAUCGGAGUAUGUUCAGCAACUCUAUGAGCCCUCUCACUCCUAGUUUUGGCAUUCUACCAUUAGACAGCAAUACUCCUGAGCCAACUGUGCUACCUUCUCACGCAACACUCACCGAGGCGAAUGAUCAGAAGAGUUUGGCCAAGCGAGUGAGCAGUUUAAGAGCCCAUGUUGGGCAAUUUAUGUCAAGAAAGGAAACACCGUUGCAGCAGGGUAAACCUGUCUUCUCGCAGUCUGGGAAUACAAGUAACACGGCUAAUAUUGUGACUGUGACACCAACCACACCGACGCCAACCCCACCGACGCUUCAAGGGCCGAAUGUCAGGCGAUCGUCCAGACUUUUUAGUAAUAGCUAUUCGGUCAAAGAAAAUAAUAAGUCGCCAAAUAGAAAUAAAUUCGCUACGCCCAAGUCUCCGUCGCGAAAGACCAAAGCAAGACUGUCAAAGACUAAUUUGAAUAAGACAAAUUUUAAUGAGUUAAAUGAGAGGAAUAGAAACGAGAAGGAGAAGAGCGAAACAAUCACUUCUGAUAAAGUGAUAACCAGUACAAACGCGCUAAAUCAGAGUAAUGCUUCACAGUGUGCCCUAAUGCUACAGAAACAAUGUGCAGAGGGGUUAAUGUCAUUAUUGCGAGAAUUAGGCACAGCCUAUCAACAUCUAAGUCAAUUUAAUUGUACUCAAGCUGUCGAGAUAUUAAGCAUUUUGCCAGCUCAUCAUUAUCAUACAGGAUGGGUAUUAUCGAUGCUAGCCAAAGCGCAUUUUGAGAUGAUAGAUUACAAAAAGGCUGCUAGUUACUUUGCCGAAGUGAGGCAGCUAGAACCACAGAGAACCGAACUAAUGGAAAUAUACAGUACAGUCCUGUGGCAUCUUCACGCAGAAGUACAAUUGUCAACGCUCGCCCAAGAAUUGGUAUCUGAGGAUCGUAAUUCUCCAGCAGCCUGGUGCGCCACUGGAAAUCUCUUCUCAGCCCAAACAGAGCACGAGACUGCCAUUAAAUUCUUUCAGCGAGCUAUACAAGUAGAUCCAAAUUUCCCAUAUGCUUAUACACUCCUUGGACACGAGUACGUUAUGACGGAGGAACUCGACAAGGCAAUAACUGCUUUCAGAAAUGCAAUCAGGCUUGAUUCCAGGCAUUACAAUGCUUGGUUUGGAUUAGGCACGAUAUUUUCCAAGCAGGAACAAUACAACCUAGCCGAGUUACACUUCAAACGCGCUCUUCAAAUAAAUCCCCAGAACUCAGCUAUCAUGUGCCACAUAGGCGUGGUACAGCACGCCCUGAAGAAGACUGAUCAAGCCCUGAGAACGCUAAACGCAGCACUAGCCAAUGACCCAAACAACACACUGUGCAAGUUUCACCGUGCUAGCAUUAAUUUCUCCAUCGGACGCCACGCUGAAGCACUUCGAGAAUUCCAGGAGUUGAAGAACAUUGUACCCAAAGAGUCUCUAGUCUAUUAUUCGAUAGGAAAGGUACAUAAAAAAUUAGGCAAUACGCACUUGGCAUUGAUGUACUUCAGCUGGGCCACGGAUCUCGAUCCAAAAGGUGUGAACAGUCAAAUAAAAGAAGCUAUACUCAGUCCUGGCCAGGGUGACGAUGAAUCACCGGGAACACCGACCGAUGAACAACAAGCACAUAACAGUUCAACGGAACAGGAGGCCGAGACUAGUGGCGAAGCUAGUGGUCAAGCUGGCAACGUGACAGUAGAGGCACAUGCGGAUGACAGCGAUGACAGCUUAUGAAGUCUUUCGUUGAAACGUAGCAAAAGUCAUGCUACGUCAUUGUGAAUGUAAUUCGCAGGAUGAUAUACGGCGGGGCGGAAGUCUGCACGAAGAAGUAGAAGUGAAUUGGAGAUUGAAAAGGACGUGCACGUUCAUCCUAUCGACGCAUGAAGGCCUGGUCUUAACGAAGGAAGGAUAUUAAUCUGUCGUGGACCCGUUUCCUGACUCUUGAACUCUAAAUGAGGUGGCACUGACACGCAAAAAUACACACGCAGACACGUAUAUAUAUAUAUACAAUAUUAUAUUCGUGGAGCUACAUUUUCUUCAUCUGUACAUUACUGGGUGUCUUUCUGUAUAUUUUUUACAAAUUCA